AUGCAAAUGUGCUGGGUAAACGGCGUAGAUAUUGAGGGAUCUGUGGCUCACUGGAACUCGACAGGAGUUAUAGAAGCUAUUCCAAUAACAGAAACUGGAAAACUUCACAAAUGUCUGAUAUAUACUGAGAACAACACCACGAGCGGGUGUUCUAAAUGGGUAUUCGAUACCACCUACAGAGAGUCUUCUCGGGGCAUGCAAUGGAACCUAGUUUGCGAGGAUACAUGGAAAGGAGCUCUGGUUCAAACAUUUUAUAUGUUAGGCGUUUUUGCUGGAGCAAUAAUCCUUGGCCGUCUUGCCGAUAAAGUGGGAAGGAAAACAGUGUUUUGCUGGUCGGCACUGCUACAAUUACUUCUUGGCGUGAUCGUAGCAUUCGUUCCAGAUUAUUGGCCAUAUAUGGUGUUCACAUUCUUUUACGGAAUGUUUGGUUCGGCCGGCGCCUUCAUCCCAGCAUUCGUUUUAACAAUGGAAAUCGUGGGACCAAGUAAACGAACGAAGUGCAGCGUUGUUUUCCACUGUUGCUUUUCUGCUGGAAUGAUUUGUGUCGCUGUUUGGGGUUCGCUCGUAGACGAUAAAACUGUGCUGCAAAUAGUAUAUGGACUACACAGUUGCAUUCUAAUACCGCAUAUAUGGAUUAUGGAUGAAUCGCCCAGGUGGCUUUGGGCACAGGGACAAACGAGAGAAGCUGUGAAAAUAGUACAAAAGGCGCUCAAAUUUAACAAAUCCGAUGUAGUUUUGGAUACCGCCGAAUAUCUAUCGAAAGCAAAGCAAGAGGCUGCUGAGAAAGAAAUUUCAGAAACCAAAGUGGCAGCUGGCACCCUUGAUCUCUUCAAAACCUCGCAUUUGAGGACCAUGUCUGUAAUUAUGUGCCUGUGCUGGUUCGCAAAUUCUUUGGUGUAUUACGGACUUACUCUUAGCUCUGGAAAAAUGGAGGGUAAUCCGUACCUAAUUAUAGCCAUAUUUGGUCUCGUAGACAUUCCAAGUUACGUCGUGGUAUUUUAUUUCUUAGAUGUAUGGGGUCGCAGGUCAUUUAUCAGCAUUGCCAUGUUGAUAGGUGGCGGUGCAUGCAUUGUGGCCGCCUUUUUACCAGCAGGACGGAUCAUCACAACUGUGAUUGUAGUAAUAGGUAAACUCUUCAUAGCCGCAUCGUUUGCUAUAGCGUAUAAUUAUUCUUGUGAAUUGUUCCCCACGGUACUGCGGAAUACUGCUUUAGGUUUAGGAUCAAUGUUUGCUCGACUCAGCGGUGCUCUGACUCCACUUAUUACGCUGCUGGAAAGCUUCGAUGCGAAAAUUCCCGCCAUAACGUUUGGCCUCUUCGCUGUUGUAUCGGGAUUUCUCUGUCUGUUUCUCCCGGAAACAAUGAAUAAGCCAUUGCCGGAAAGUAUUGCAGAUGGGGAGAAAUUUGGCAAAGGAGACACUUGGUUCUCUAGUUGUUUCGGUAGAUCCGAUAAAUCCUAUGGCGAGGGUGACGAGGAAGCCGCUGAAUCGAUGGUGCCUCCACAAACAGCUGCUGCUCCAAGAAAUUAA